UCUCCCGAGAUCCCCAAUCCCACGCCCUCGCCUCCCAAAUCUCCCCGCCUCCCGCGCCCGCGCCACCCCAAAUCGCCUUCGGGCCGGGCGCCCGCCGCCAGCGACCGACCGGCAGGCUGGCCGCCCCGCCAGUCCCGCCUCCGCCCGCGGCUCCCUCCGCAGCGGCGGGCCAAGGAGCGAUGGACGAAGAUUUCAACUUGGGGAGCAGCUCGGCGGACUGGGGCGGCGGCGGCGGCGGCGAGCUGACGGCCACCCCGGCCGAGCAGCAGGAGCAUCCGCCGGCCGGUCGCGCGGUGCGGCCGAACCAGAAGCGGUCGAAGAACUUCAGCGCCGCGGAGGACGAGGCGCUGGUGCAGGCGUGGCUGGGCGUCGGCGUGGACGCGGCCCAGGGCGGCGAGCGCGCCGCCUACUGGAGGAGGAUCCACGACCGCUACCACGCCCGCGGGGGGGUCCAGUCCGCCCGCAACCAGAACUCCAUCACGCACCGCUGGUCCACCAUCCAGGACAGCGUGGGCAGGUUCGAGAGGUGCCUGGCGCGGGUCGACGGCACCGGCACCGGCCAGGAUGGGGUGACCACCCAAGACGAGAUUAUGCAGGCACUUGCUCUGUACAAGUCUGAAGAUCAGAACAACAAGUCGUUUCAGUUCCUGCAUUGCUGGAAUCUCCUGAGAACCCAUCGGAAGUGGAUCGGCAGGUCGUCUCAGAAACCGUCGCAGAAGAAACAGAAGACGACUCCCAGUUCAAGUCCGAGCUCGUCUGCUCCGUGUGCGCUCGAGGAUACUGAGGCUGCAGCUGAAGAAUGCGAGGUACCGAGGCAGCCGGGAGGAACGACGGGCGAGGAUGUUGAGCAUUUGUCGCCCGGGGGAAACGAUUCGGUAGACUGGGGCGGCGGCGAGCUGUUGGUUAGCCCGCCUGAGGAGGAACACUGGCCGAUCGGAGUGGUUACUCUCUCCGUGAGACGGAACCAGAAGAGGACUAAGAAUUUCAGUAACAAGGAGGACGAGAUGCUGGUGGUGGCAUGGCUGAAUGUCGGCGUGGAUCCGGUCCAAGGCAGCGAACGCACCGCGUACUGGAAAAGGAUUUUUGACUACUACCACUCCCACAAGGACUGUGAAUCAGAUCGCAACCAAAAUUCCAUCAUGCAUCGCUGGUCUACGAUUCAAGAAAGCGUGAGCAAGUUCGAGAGGUGUCUAACACGGAUAGAGGGUACAAGCCAGAAUGGGAUGACGACUCAAGACGAGAUUAUGCAAGCACUUGCUCUAUUCAAGUCUGAAGAUCAGAACAAUAAGUCAUUUCAAUUUUUGCAUUGUUGGAAUAUCUUACGAACCCAUCACAAAUGGAUUGAUAGGUCGUCCCAGAUCUCAUCUCAGAAAUUUUCUCAGACAUCGUCUCAGAAAAAACAGAAGACAGCUCCUAAUUCGAAUCCGAGUUCGUCUACUCCAUGUACUCUUGAGAACGGUGUGGUGGCCACUCAAGAAUUUGAGGUAUCGGUACAGACAAUCGGCAGUAAUAAGGAUAAAGAAAAUUUACAACAAGGUGGAGAUGGUUUGUACCCGGAGGCGAUAGAUGAGGAUGGAACUCAAGAAUGUGAGGUACCAAUACAGCUGAUGGGUAGGAAUGAGAAGGAAAAAUUACAAGGUGGAGACAGUUUGCCCCUAGAGAUGAUAGAUAAUCUGCACGCCAAGGAGAAAGAGGCGGAUGCGGAGAAAGAGCGCAAGAAAAAUGAGACAGCAUAUGCACUAGAACGAGAGAGGGUUGCACUAGAGCAAAUGAGGGCUGCAAAUGAGGCAAAAAGUUUGGAGACGAGGAGCAAAGAAUUAGAUUUGAAGAGCAAAGAGCUAGAUUUGAAGAUAAUGUUAGAAGAAGAGAGAAUUAUGGCUUUGGACAUUAGUGUCAUGUCUGGGCCACAACAACAGUACUACAGGAGCCUACAGAAUGAAAUCAUCACCCGACGAUUCAAUCGCACGGGUUGAGCAUCUAUGAAACACAAUGUUAGUUUGUUCCUAGAGGUGAUAGAUAAUCUGAGUAAGUUGGGUGAACUUUAUUAAGUUGCAUGGACCAUUAUGGUAUGUGAACCUUAAGUCGCAUGGAGUGUCAUGCGCAAAGAGUUGUUGAAAUGGAAUCCAACUUGUUUAUAUUGCAAUGAACAUGUUGAAACCA